GUAUAUAAAUCUAACGCGCUGCUUGGUCAGACAUCACUUCUUUGGUGGAAACUUCAGUGUCAAGUUUAGCUCCUGUCGUGAUCAGUGCAAACAUCCUUUUAUAUCGUCCCUACCGCCCGUUUGUGGAUUUAUUCAAGAGUCGCCUUCAAUACCACCAACCGAAAACAUGAAGUUCAGUACUGCCUUGGCUCUGCUGGUGAUCGCCGGCAUCGCCGCCACUGGCGACGCCCUCCCGGCACGGAAGAACCGGCAAUACCUCAUUCCAGGAAUGGUAUACUACCAGCAGCCUGCCGCCGCCGAGUGGUAUGGCUCCGCCCCCCAGCAACGUAUCAUGUACAUGCAGUACGUACAGCCAGGUCGUACCCACGCCCGCUCUACCCAAGCGGCCAGCGCGCUCGUGGCCGGCGAAACUGUCGCCACCGGAACUUACUUAAGAGAUUGCAAUCACGCAGAAUCUGAGGUCAGUGCCGAGGCAGUUCAGGCAGAUGAUACCUUAACCGCUGCUGGUGCCCAUAGUGCCACAUCCGUUGCCGAGGCAUAUCCAGACUCUGAGCCCGUCGUCCAGGUUUCCAUCAAUGCCGACGUAGCACCACAGGUCGAAACCGAGGCUGAACCUGCCCCAGAAUCGAACCCCUCAGAGAACGAUGAUGCCUCUAAGGUGCCCCGCGAUCUUGUGUUUAAUGAUGAGGAAGUUGCUGCCGCUGUACCCGCUCCCGGCCCCGUUGCUGACGAGGAGUCUAUUGUUGCUCCUGUUGCUGUUGAGUCCGAACUGCCCGCACCUAUUGCUCCAGUAGCCAGCGUAGUGCCCGCCAACCGAUACCUCCCCGCCAAGAAGAAGGUAAUCGUCGAGUUGGACCAGUCGCCAGAGGAGGAUGAGGAGCCCCAGGCCGCGGCUUUUGAAGAUGAACAAGAAGUUGAGAACGCCGUGUCUGACGAUGUCGAAGAAGACGAAGAGGAGCUAUCCGUUCCCGUGAAGCCAGUCAAUCCCGUUCGCGUGCCCAACGCACGUCGCCCUGCAGUUAAAAAACCCGUGAAAGCUGCUCCGGCCGGAGGAAAGCCCGCCAAAAAGCCAGCCGCUCCUCUGCCAGCCGGCACUUUCUUUCCCAUUGACUUUGGAGGCACCAACGGAGGGGCUAUUGCCAUCGCGAAUUCCUUCAGUACCGGUGAGGGCGGAUCCGCCACCAGCCACGCCAUCGCUUACGGUUCCCCCGAGUCGGCCUCACGCCGUGUGCGUCCCAAUCCCAGCAAGUUCCGCCACUAAGCCACUAAGAGUCGAUCUUCAUCCGUAUCUUGCUCGCGCCCGCAUCUUGAAAAAGGCACUCGAUUCUAUAAAGUUCACGCAGUUAACCUGUAAACUAUUAGCAAAAUUGUACAUCUUUUGAAUGUUUUCAAGUAAAGUUCUUCCAAGUAAAA